CAAACUUCAGGCGCCGCUGAGGGGGGCGGAAGUGAGGCGGAGUUACCGGAAGUGCGCUGGCGGAUCGGUGGGAGCGCAGCGGAGAGUUGAUGGAAGAGAGAAUGUCUGGCGAAAGUGCGGUGAGUCCAGUACCUGCAGCCUCCACCCGUACCACUUCUUUCAAAGGGGCGAGUCCGAGCUCCAAGUAUGUGAAGCUGAAUGUCGGAGGUGCUCUCUAUUACACAACCAUGCAGACGCUGACCAAGCAGGAUACCAUGCUGAAGGCCAUGUUCAGUGGCAGGAUGGAGGUGCUCACAGAUAGCGAAGGCUGGAUUCUAAUUGACCGCUGCGGCAAACACUUUGGCGCUGUUCUGAACUACCUACGUGAUGGUGCUGUGCCACUCCCAGAGACUAACCGCGAGAUCGAGGAACUACUGGCUGAGGCUAAAUACUAUCUGGUGCAGGGGCUGGUGGAGGAGUGCCAAGCUGCCCUUCAGCAGAAAGAAACUUACGAACCUUUCUGUAAAGUUCCUGUCAUCACAUCAAACAAAGAGGAGCAACGAUUAAUAGCAACAUCCAAUAAGCCUGCAGUUAAGCUGUUGUAUAACAGAAGCAACAACAAAUAUUCUUACACUAGCAACUCUGACGAUAACAUGCUAAAGAACAUCGAGUUGUUCGACAAGUUGUCUCUGCGCUUUAAUGGCAGAGUUCUGUUCAUUAAGGACGUUCUCGGUGAUGAAAUCUGCUGCUGGUCCUUCUAUGGACAGGGGCGAAAGAUUGCUGAGGUGUGCUGCACUUCCAUCGUGUAUGCCACAGAAAAGAAACAGACCAAGGUUGAGUUCCCUGAAGCCCGAAUCUAUGAAGAGACUCUAAAUAUUUUACUGUACGAGACUCAGGAUGGGCGUGGGCCAGACAAUGCUCUGCUGGAGGCAACCGGAGGAGCUGCUGGGCGGUCUCACCACCUUGAAGAGGAGGAGGAGCGAGAGAGAAUUGAACGGGUUCGGAGGAUUCACAUCAAGCGUCCAGAUGACCGAUCACAUCUCCAUCAGUGAGGGGUAGUUUCUCCGGCUGAGUAGCAGUACAAUUCCAUCCCUACCUUCCUCGGAGAAAGAGAGACAACAGAAAACAUUAUCACCUGGUGGAGUUCUUGCAAAGUUUGAUAGUGGAAACUGGUUUAAAGCCAUUUGGUAAAGCUUAGCCAGACUAUCUUCUCAUGAGAAGCAGUACAUGAAGUGUGGAGAAUUGCAGAAACACUGCAAAAUCUAACGUGGGAUCCUGGCUUCACAGUUAAAUUCUAGCCUUAAAAUUUACCCUAAUUAAUGAAGAAGCAAGGUACUGUGUUUUUUUUAAAAAGUUGUAUAGAAUGUUACUCAAAGAAAAUGUGCAUGUACACUUGAUUUAUUUUCAUUGUUAUCAGAUAUGCUGCACUUUCUCCAUAUAUAGAUAGCUCUUUCAACCUUAGCAGCCUCCACAUGCUGCUGAGAGUAAGCUUGGAGAUUGUGGGGAUGAACAUCAGGUGAAUCACACCUGAGAGACAGAUGAUGCUGCAGUCAAGUAACAUCCUGCUUCAUGCCUGCCCUUUCUAUUUCAAACACUGCCAUCCUGCUGUGUACUCCAGCAUUUUGCCAUGGUUAUUUUGGAUUCCCAGCAAUCUCUUUACCUGAUUAAUUGGUGUAACAAACACUGCUGAGCAAAAACCUCUUUCCUCUUCCACAUCGACCACUCUGUACUUUUAUUCCUCACAGGUGUCGCUGAGUAACUUAACUAUUUAUUUUACACUGUUGUUUUCAUUUACCGAAGCAACCAGAGAUAUUGCUACAGUUUGGAUUCCCUUGUAACCCCAGAGAGCUGCAAUCCAUUACUUUGGCUUUUAAGAUUUUCAGACAGCUGCAGAUGAUUUUCCAGUCCUUCAUUCGGAAUUCUCCAUAAAACCUCCUUUUAAUCUCUAAAGUCCAGUCAUGAUAAAUUUGUAAUAUUGAAUCUUCUUCCUACCACUUGUCUUCAGUCUUUUACUCCAUUACAAACUCUAUUUUGCUGUGCAAGUGAUUGGCAGCUUGACUCCUGGCCUUCCAUUCUGAAGCAGUGAUCACGGUUAGGAGUUUAUUGAGAAUGUUUUAUGGCUGAGGAUAGAAGGGCCAGCCUGUAAUGUCAGGUGCACAAUGUUAGCAUGAAUGUAGGGAUUUAGUUCCAUUGUAAAGUGUUCCCUGGACCUUUCUGAAUUUACAUUCACGUUACAAAUACUUGCCCAUGAAUCACUCUGUUCGGAAGACAUGAGGAGCAGACUUGUAACUUCAAUGUUCCCAUUGAAGUUGCAAGUGAUGUCCAUCCCUGAUCAGAGGAAUGGUUACCAGAACUGUGUAGUGGUUUAAAUUAUCCCUCUUGUUCCAGAUUUUGACUGCCUACUAUACUAGCACAUCCACCAUCCAUUCAUUUCCCUAUUGACAUUAAAAAUAACCCUUUCUCCAAACCCAUUUCACCACUCCUGAAGACUGAGAUAUCACAGUGAUACUCUAGUGAUUAUACUUGCCACUGCUGAGCCACGAUCUAAGAGUGGGUGUUUCUGUGUUGAAUAGUGAUGGGGGGCAAUCUUCCACUGCAAGAGAUUUUAAUAAAUUACUGAAAUAAAAGCCUAAAGAAACUUGCGUCAACAGUAACUAAUCAGGAAUCGGUGUCUCCCAAAAGAAGAAGACCUACCUGCGUUCAUUCUGAAGUCGCAUUUUAUUACAAUUCAAUGUUUUUCUUUAUUACCUCUAGGUUAAUAUGGAAGGUUAACGUUAAUUAGCUAGCAAAUGAUAUGUUAACACAAAUCGUGCUGAAUCUAAACCACACAACAGUCAUAGUGCUGGGUUUUAAAUCACAGUGAAAUUUCUUACUGUGGUCACUUUAAUUGUAGAGGGAGGGGAAAUCUCAAUGUAAUGAAAUUAGGUUAUAGAUUCUCACCCGUGGGUUCAAUUGGAAGCAGCAUUUUGAGUUGAAUAUCACUAGAGUGAAAUGAUGGUGACUGUGAAUGAGACAGUGUAAAUUAAGGUGGUGAAUCAAGAACAUCACACUGACUUAAUUCCAAUUUCCCAAAAGCAUGCUGUAGACAGUGCGGACAGUAUGGUGGGAUGGUCUGAAUCUGUUAGCUGGUAUUAAUGAAAAUGAUGUAUCCACAGUGCUGACGUAUCACUAAUUUCUUGCAUCAACAUUUUGGCAUGAAGUAAGCUAAUAAGUAGAAUGGAGGCUCAUGCAAGUACCACCUCUUCAGCCUGAUUAGGAAAAACAGUCACUGAUCAUUCCAAUUUGUAGUUAAUGAAGUAACAUUGGUAAUCUGAAGCUAUUUCAAUGACUAGAACCAGUGAUCUAAUAUCACACAAACACAAUUUUACCACAUCUGGAAUUAUCCUUGACGGAGAAUUGCAACUGUUUGAAGCAGGAACAAAAAUGCAUUGAGUGUAGAUAUUCCUUGAACUCAAGUGGCCCACAGUGAACAGGAAAAACCUCAUGUUUGCAGACUAAAUUUUAAUCAAAUCCCAUCUCGCCUGACUCCAGCCAGCAAGAUGCGGUUCGUCUUCUGGCCUAACCAGCAAUUUGAUUCGGGUGUCAACUGUUUGCCAGAUUUGUGGGACCGUCCCGAGGGCUAAUGCAAGGUGAUCCAGCACAGGAGUUGUUCACUGUGCUUGGUGUGCACUCACAGGCUGGUGGGAGCUAAUUUUUGGGCCAAAGUCACGGGAAAACUGGAGUGUACACAACCGUGGAUCUAUGUUUGGAAAAUGGAAGACUUGUUUUAUUUCAAUGAGCUAGUUUCAGGAAUACUUGUUGGAGAAAAAAAUAUUAAGGUACAGACAUUUGUCCUCAAUCGCAUGGACUGAAUGAACCAGGUAUGUAUGUGCAUGUAGAAGUCUGUAUCCAAAAAUUUGGUGAACUUUGCUGGAACUGAAUUUCAGAAGCAGGCUAUGGCCUUGCUUGUGCCCAAGAAUGAAUUUCUAUCCCUUGUUAGCCUUAAAGGGUGUAGAGAGAAGUUAGGAAUCAGCGUAGUUCAGUAGUGCCUCAGAUGGCCAGUCUUUUUAACACUCAGUUUUAAUAUGACCAGGAGCCGAUGGUGAUAGUAAAUACUGUUCAUGGAAUGUCCUUAUUGUUGGUAGAUAUUCAAAUAACUUCACUGCCUCGGUUUUCAGUUGUUUCUAUUGUAAAACCACACAGAAGACGAACGGUUAAUAUUACACUGCAGUCUCUUCCUUGCCUCCCAGCCCUCCAUUUAUGGAGAGCUCUGAGGAAAGUCCUCCAUAGAUGGUCCAAGCUCAAACAGAAAACCAGCUUUAAAUGUUUUUUAGGAGUAGGGAUUAAUCUGCUUAUGGCUUUCAUUUAUCUUUAGCCAAGUCUCAGCCACACCAUUGGUAGGCUUCAAUUGAAUGACAUGAAAGUCUUUGCUUAGAUUCUAGGCUACAGUGUGUGAUUAACAGCUCACUUUAAGCACCCCAAAGCAUGGUGAUCAUUGGAGGUUCUCAACCACAAUCUUCUGGAUGGCUUCCUUAAUGAAUAACCUGCUGCAUUUUGGCUGAGAAGAUAACAGUGGUUUUAAUAACUGAUGAUCAAAUUCAAUGGAAAAGUUUAUUCAGAAACUUCCAUUUAUUAGUGAUGCUUGCAUAAUGUGAAGUGUUGUAGAUAUGGGCAAUCCUGAAUAGACCUUGCCACAGCAUAGAAUUCCCUUUAACACUUGUACUCAGACUGUAAGACAACUAGCAUGGGCAAGGAAACAAUGAACACUACUGGAGAAUGCUCUCCUGAGAUACUUUGAGUUAGUGUUUACUUGUUAUCUGUGUUACUGUAUUGGGCUCCUUCAAACCUGAGUUUUAAGGCACUAUAACCUUCUCUGUGAGUGCUUGAUGGUGUUUGAGAAUGGAACAUGCUUUAUUCCCCAGUACUAGUGUCAUGCACUUUUAUACCACAAAUGUUUUUUACGUUGCAAGUUACUCUUCCAAUCUGGUACUAUAGUAAUCUGUUCAGAGAAUUACACCAGCACAGCUCUCUGUAUGCAACUGUCCUUCAGUUUUCCAUUUUCAAAUGUAUGUUCAAGUCAAUGUCUGAUUUUUAUUUUCCAAAAUCUUUUGAAAACUACUUUUGUUUCAUCUGUUCAAAUUUUUGACUGUCAUGGAGGUUCAUUGUAUUCCCCUUUAUUUUAUGAUAGUAAAUUUUAAAAAUCUGCAUUUUGUACAGAUGUAAAAACAAAUCUCCACCUUUAUUUAGCUAAAUGAUGUGAAUAAAUUGUGAACUAUAUUCAUAA